AUGAUGGAAAGAAUAAGAAAAGAGAUGAUUCUGAUGGAAAGGGGGCUGCACAGCCCCGCUGCUGGUAAAAGGCUUUCGAAUUUGUCAGACUCAGCUGGAAAUGCAGUGUUGGAGGCCCUAGAAAAUUCUCAGCACAGUGGUCGCCUCAGCCCCAGACUUACUUCUGCAUCUCUGCAUAACAAUAUAGGGGAUGUUCCUGCCAAAGGCAAGUUCGAGAUAGACAGCUUGUUCAAUACUCAUCAUCAGAACAGCGACAAUAAUUCUUCUUCAGAAAUUUCUUCGUCUGAAAACAGGAAAAAAAUCACCCUGUACCCAGAAGUUCACGAGACAGACAUGGAUAGUGAUGUGGAGGUGGGCUGUUCAUCUCACCGCUCUCCAAACAGCCUCAGUGCCGCCCAGCACAAAGAAAACAAUAACAAAGUUUUUUCAGAUAGUAAUUCAGCAACCUCCAACACAAGCUCAUCUUCUAUGUCCAACGUGAAUAUAAACGGUAAUUCAAUAGGCAGUUCAUGUUCCAGUAACGAUCAGGUGAGAAGGUAUCGGACAGCUUUCACCAGAGAACAAAUCGGCAGACUGGAGAAAGAGUUUUACAGAGAAAAUUACGUGUCGAGACCAAGAAGAUGUGAACUGGCGGCAUCUUUAAAUCUACCAGAGACAACGAUUAAGGUGUGGUUCCAAAACAGGCGGAUGAAGGAUAAAAGGCAACGCUUGGCCAUGUCUUGGCCCCAUCCAGCAGAUCCAAGCUUUUACACCUAUAUGAUGACGCACGCCGCUGCCACCGGAAGUCUUCCAUACCCUUUCCAUUCCCACAUGCCUCUGCACUAUUACCCGCACGUGGGUGUUACAGCAGCAGCUGCGGCGGCUGCGGCAACAGGGGCCGCUGCAUCGCCUUUUGCUACCUCCAUCCGCCCUCUUGAUACUUUCCGUGCCCUCUCGCAUCCUUACUCCCGACCAGAAUUGCUUUGUGGCUUUAGGCACCCAGGACUCUACCAGUCCCCUGCGGGCUUGAAUAGCUCAGCAGCAGCAGCAGCAGCAGCCGCCGCCGCCGCCGCUGCAACAGCUAGUGUGCCAUCGGGCCCCAGCUCAUGCUCUUGUCUCAGUUGUCACAGCAGUCAGGCAGCUGGCGCCCUGGGCUCCAGAAGCAGCAGUGCAGACUUUACCUGUGCAGCAGCGGGGCAAAGGUCUGAAAGUGGAUUUUUGCCUUAUUCUGCUGCUGUGCUUAGUAAAACAGCGGUAACUUCACCAGACCAGAGAGAAGAAGCGUCAUUGAACAGAUAACUCAUCUACCUGGCGGUUCAAAGGGGGUCUAAGUUGGGUCCAGACAUGCGUCAUUUGUAUAUUUAUUUAAGAAUGUGUUUAUUUAUUAAAUGUAAUUUGUGUUAAGAAUAUAUAUUAUUAAAUGUUUUGUUUAUUAAGACUGUUUUACCUCCUUUAGCAUAUCACAAAUGCGAAGCGAAUACGCAAUAACGUCAGUUAGGUUGUGU